ACUUACAAUGGAAGAAAUGAAAAAGACUGCUGUCCGGCUGCCCAGAACUAGGCAGAAACCGAUAAAAACUGAAUGGAAUGCCCGGUGCGUCCUUUUCACCUAUUUCCAAGGGGACAUCAGCAGCGUAGUGGAUGAGCACUUCUCCAGAGCUCUGAGCAACCUUAAGAGGCCCCAGGGAUUGAGCUCCUCAAGCCAUAGUGAAGAUAUGGUCCUCAGGAAUGAUGGCAGCAUGCCUCCAAAUCAUUGGCGUUUCUCUUCUCCAUGGACAAAGCCACGACCAGAAGCCUCUCUUGCAAACUGUGCCACCAGCACAAACUUGGAUGAAUGUGGUACCAAGGCUAUGGAUCAGUACCCACUGUCCCUGCCCAAGACCCCGCCUGCGCGGCCUCGGGAGCUGUGGCAUUUCUCCUCCCUAGCCAGACCUGGCUCCCCAGAGCCUGACUAUCCUCGUGCCUUCCAUGACCCGCAUUUGGUUCCAGAGCCCCAACCUGAUGGGAAACAUGGGCCCCUCCUAAAUCUACUUCAUCAGGACAGAUACCUAGACUGUCCUCAGGAACAUGCCACAAGGGAGAAUUGCAAUCCCGUCAAGAUAGACGGAAGUGCAGGAUUGCUUCUGAACCUGCCUCCCAGCUCAGUUCACUGUAAGAAAAUAUAUGCCACCCCCAGUCGUGGACCUGCCAGUCCCAGACUUGCCAAUGAAAGAAGCCACUCUCUAGAGAGAAGAAAAGAUCUCUACUAUUAUUAGUCUCAUUUGGAAGAAGAAAGUCCCAUUUUUUCUAAACCUGCUCAUGAUUGUCCGCUUUAAAUUCAGAAGUUUUAGAGGCAUCGCUGUUCUUUUCUGUUUCUGCUGCUAAGUAAUAUCGAACCAGGCGCAAGUUACUGCUCUCCUUUCUCCUUUAAAUUGUGCUCCGCUCUUCCUUAGCAACAAUGCCCUAUGGCAGGGGUUUUCAAACACAAGCAGAUUCCCAGCUUCUAAAAUGUAUGAAAGAGCUGUUGUGGGGUGGGGAGCAUAGAGACCCACCUGCUGCCCAUUGUAUCCAUUGCCCCUUUUCUUAGAAACUAUGGCCCCUGGGCUUCCCCAGCAACGUCUUUUGAACCAAGAAUGAGUACAUGGGAUUCUAUGUGGCUAUUCUACUUUUCCAACUGAAUCAAGGCACCAAGAACAGCCCUAAGCUUUCCAGUUUAAGCUAGACUAUGGCCAAACUCACUCCUGCUUCAAUAAAAAGUAAAAUAAAAAUGGAGUGAAAACCACCCCCAAAUGGAUUGAGGUUGCUGAUUCCCUCCAUCUCCAACAUCUAGAAAGAAUAUGAAAAGUCUCUGCCUGGACCUGCUGAAUGAAAUAUUUUGAAAAAUUGUGUUCUUCAAUUCUAAGUAAAUAAUUUCAAAGGGAACUGUUGAGAAAUCUGAGAACUUACUGAUUAGACAUUGAACAAAGUGCUCUUUCCCAAGAUGGGCCUGCUGCUUGCUGGAGAACUUAUUCUAGGUAUAGAACCUUUUUGGAUUGAAGUUCCAUGAGUUUUGCUCAUCCUCUGCUCUGAUGAUGAGUACUGUGGCACCUCAUACCUUGUAGGUGAGGAUCUGGACUCUGGCGGGGCCCUACAGCCUCCCUAAGGGGUCCGCAUAGCUUCUAUAAACAGUGAACUACUCAGAGUUAGCAACAUCUGGGAGAUACUUUCUUUUCAGUGCUGAAGUGUUGGGUUCACCCAUGUGGAAUACCUACAGUAUCUCUGGACAACUUGGAGGAGCAGGUGAGGUUUAUUUCAAGAUGUUGCAACAGGACCUUCCUGAAAAUUCUUAUAGUUAAGAUGGCAAUUGAUUGACGCCAUUCAUCUCUCCAGUCUGGUAGACAGCCUUGUACUGGUAUGAGCUGGGUACUUGCCCUGUGAAAACCCUGGAAGCCCCUGCCAUCAGUGUUACCCUUCAAUGUCAUAUCUGCUCUUAUACAACAACCCAGAAAGAAUAAUAACAAAACUAUGCUUUUUGUAGAUGCUACUAGUCUGAAUUUGAAGAAUUAUUUUGUCUUGGGUUAUUUUGUGGCAUUCAUCAUCUCAUUUAAACUUCACAGCAGCCCUAAGAUUUGUAUUAUAAUCUUCUUUUUAAUA